AUGCGUCGAUGCAUCCUCUCCCUAACCCUCGUCGCCUGCGUCGCCUUAUCACUCUCCUUCACACCAUCAACCGCCACCGCAAACCCAAUCUCCCACAACAACCAACCAUCGAACUCGGCCGCUCAAGUCUUAAUCAAGAACCACCACCAUCAAAAAGCACACCACAACGGCGGGCUAUUGAACCGUCUCUCGUCCUCAUGGACAUCUCUCACAACCCCCCUCCAAGGCCUCCACGCUAUCUCCGGAUCUCCCGGUCCUGCUCCGAAGAGUAAUAGCGGUCCCAAUGUCAAGCGGUUUCAUAAACGCGCCGUCGACAUUAAGAAACCAGCAACGGCAUCCGCAAGGGCGGGAACAUUGGGAGGCAAGACGGGAAGAGCUCAAAAGAAGAAGGUGGGUAAGUCGACAACGAGGGUGAACACCUACUCGGCCUACGAGGCCAUCGUCAAUUCUGAUAGUCAGAUGCCCGUCUUCUUGAACCAGCACCAUCCCAUGACUACCAACAAAGGCAGUGGUAACGGCAAGGGGAAGAGCAAACCCACAUUUCCUUCCGUCCCCGUUGCUGCAGGAGGAGAGAAGAAGAAGAAGAAGAAGAAAGCGGGAGCGGUGACACCGAUUGAUAUCUUGCGCCAGACCGACACCAAGAAACCCACUGCCGCUUCGCCCAUCACACCAUCUGCAGAGGAGGAGGAGGCGAAGGACGGAGAAAGGAAGAUGAAGGAAAGGGCAGAGAUGGAAGGCACCUCCCCAACCACGAAGACCGAGGCAGAGACGGAAGGCAUAACCCCGGCCAAGGAACCCCACCACCCUAACAAAAAGAACAAUAACACCAAAAAACUCUCUUUAGCCAGUCGGGCCGUCGUGACAGAGGCGAUGGAAGAUGGAACUUCGACAGUCAAGGCCCUGUUCGACACCGUCUUCUCGCAAGAAGAACAACAGCCUUCUCGUCGAACUGCCGUCGAAUCUGCCACUGGUACUGAAGUUGAGAUGAAGGGAGAGGAUUCGGAGGAUAUCAAGGCAAUCAAGAAGACAAUCAACGCCGCCGCCCACGCUGCCGUCGUCGCCGCCGCAACUGCAGCUGUAGCCGGUAACAGCCACCACCUUGAAGGACGCGACACGACCGGAAUCCUGAAGCAGACCUUGGAGGAUAUAGCGUACAAGAUCGAAGAAGCCGCCACUGCUGCGAUUGCUCUCGAGAUCCCAUCCCUCACCGGCCAUACUCUUGUCUCACACUCUUUCGCCGCGUCGCGUGAAUGGGAACCUACUCUGGAGGCUGAAAGGCUAGCACCGGUGUUCGAGAACCAUCAAGACGCAAUGAUCGACGACGAAGGAGCCAUCGAUCUGCCUGCUAUUGCCAACAACAACAACAACCAUCACGACACCACCACAGCAUCCACAACCGACGAAGAGUCCGGCUCCACCGUCACCAAGCAGAAACCAGGUCCCAUAUUCAUCAACGACAACGAAUACACCUCCCACUCCUCCUCCAACGAAUAUUCCGACACAGCCACAUCCGACGAAUGGCACCUCAUCGACAGCGACGACGACGGUGACGAUUACAUGUCCCAAUACAUCCACCGCCAGCCCGACAGCUUCCUCGGUUCAGAAUCAGUCCUCUUCACCGGUACCGUUCUUCAACGAACCCUCGCAAGUUCCUUCCUCCUCCUCUCAGGCUUCGUCAUGCUAAUUGGUCUGAUCUCGUACAAGGUGUAUGCACGGAGGAGGAAUACUUCCCCAUGGGCCUUCUUACAUUACAUGACGUUUGGAAUUUUUGGAUCCCUGUUCUAUGACUCGGCCUAUUUGUCAAACUUGACACUCAGCACUUACAAUAUCACGUCCCAAUCCUCGCCCUCAUCCCCAACCAUAAAAAAUGGCUUCGGAUCCGGACCCACCACCUGGCUCCGUAGAGGCAGCCUCAUCCGGCCCACAGGCUACAACCACAACAUAAUGUCGACCCCAGCCGAGAAAGAACCCCUCCUCCCAGAACCCGUCGUCGCCUCUUCCACCUCCUCCUCCUCCUCCUCCUCCUCUGCAUCAUCGUUAUUCAAAAAUGGUGACCCGAACCGCACAGAACUCCGUCGCACUUCGACUGCACAACACCACCAGAUGCAGAUCGAGCUUACUCUUCAGCAGCAGCAGCGACGAGAGGAGGAACAACAGCAGCACCAGGCUGACAUGGAUUAUUUACAACGGUCCUUCAUGCGCCGCACUUCCAUCUAA